CACUCUAUCAAUAAAAAAAUUGCUCUAGCUGGCCUCUUUCUCUCUCCCUCUACAAAAACCAAAUCCUCCAUAUUCAUUCUCUCCAAAAUUAAUCAAAACUUCAUAUUACGUUUUUUUCGUUUUGUUUAUCCAUAUCUUAAUCCAAGCAUAAGUGAAGAAAUAGCCCAAGAUCUUUCUCCUCUCAUUAUAGUAUAUAAAGAUGGCCAGGUAAAGCGACUCACCGGCACUGAUAUCAUUCCACCUUCCCUCGAUAUGAAAACCAGUGUCCAAUCCACAGACGUUUUUAUCUGCUCCGAAACAGGAUUAUCUGCAAGGCUCUACAUCCCCAGUUCCGCCAUUAACACAUCCCAAAAGCUUCCUCUUCUCAUAUACUUCCACGGAGGUGGUUUCGUCGCCGAAACCCCCUUCUGCGCCACUUACCACAAUUACGUCAACUCUUUAGUUGCCGUAGCAAAUAUCGUGGUGGUCUCCGUGAAUUACAGGUUAGCCCCCGAGGACCCUAUUCCUGCUGCGUACGACGACUCCUGGACUGCCGUUAAGUGGGUCUCUUCUCAUUCCCAAGGGAAAGGUCCGUCGGAGUGGGUGAAUUCCAACGCAGACUUCGCGAGGGUGUUCUUCGCCGGAGACAGCGCGGGAGCGAACAUCGCGAAUAACAUGGCCAUACGAAUUGGAUUAUUAUCAGAUGAUGAUGAGGAAGUGGUUAGCAUUAAGCUUAACGGGAUUGUUAUGGUGCAUCCAUAUUUCUGUGGCAAAGAUUUCAUCGGGAAUGAGCCAAAUAAUCCAGCAGAAAAAGCUUGGCAUGAUGCUGUUUGGCAUCUGGCAUGCCCUUCAUCGAGUAGUGGGUCGGAUGACCCGCUUAUAAACCCGGCCAAGGAUCCUAAUCUUGGGAAAGUAGGAUGUGGGAGAGUGCUGGUUUGUAUUGCUGAGAAAGACGGGCUGAGGGACAGAGGGUUGUAUUACAGCGAGUUGCUGGGGAAGAAGAGUGGGUGGAAAGGGGUUUUGGAGGUGAUGGAAGCCAAGGGAGAGGGACAUGUCUUCCAUUUGCGCAACCCAACUUGUGAAAAUGCCGUACUCAUGCUUCACAAAAUCUCUACAUUCAUUUCUCACUGAAACCAUACUUUAUUCCAAACUAGUGUGGGGGCCAUCCGCUUUAACUCCUUUCUUUGUGUCAUUUUGUUAUUAG